UCAAGCUAUUUCGGUGUUUCUCUUUCUUCCAGUGUCGCAACAAUUGGAGUUUUUUUCUGGAAUUUUAACAGGAGAGAGAGAGAAGAAGAAAAAAAUCGCGUUUGCGUUUUAAAAGAUAGCGUAUUUAAAAAGAAAUAUGUAAAGUGUUAGAAUAGUUGUUUUAUUAUUUAGAGGUGAACGUUAUUUUAAUUUAUUUUUAUAAAUUUUUGAAAGCACUAACUUUAGGGAUUCCGUGUGUUCUAGGUUAACGUGUGGUUCUAUAAACUCGUGUAUAUUUUCCACGGUAAGGUUGUGAUCUAAAACAUAAAAUAUUUGAGUGUCGCAGCCUUAAAGAUUUGUGUUCAGCGCGGUAAAAUGGGGAGUUAGUGACUUAAAGUUUCAUCACUAUGAAAACAAGACACAGGACUGGGAUGUUUCUGGAAGAAUUCUGGUGCUAUGGGAACUAGAGGGCGUGGCAGUAUCCGGCCUGGAAUGGAACCGUUCUGCCAUCUUUGGACCACUGUCGUUGUCGUCGCUCUGAUGCUCACAGUUAUAGCAGCCACUGCGAAAAGAAAUGAGAAAAAAUCUCACCUGGACGAGCUGUCGUGGGAGGAGAUCGUGGUCAAGAGCAUCCUGGAGUCGUACAAGAUGAGGACCAUCUACAGCCGGCCGGUGCUGCGCUACAACGACACCCUCAACGUCAAGUUCGCCGUCCAGCUGCAGCAGAUCAUGGGUCUCAAUGAGCAGGAGCAGAUCCUGACUCUCAACAUUUGGGACCAGAUCGAAUGGCACGACGCCUAUAUCUCCUGGAAACCUGAAGACUAUGGUCACGUGUUUAAUGUCAGGAUACCCUGUCAUAACGUCUGGACACCUGACAUCAAGCUGCACAACUACGCAGACCUCCGUCUCAAAGAACACCGUGACGCCCUCUGCAUCGUCAACCACAACGGCGACAUCUACCACGUCCCGCAGGUCGUCUACCGCAGCUCCUGUCUCAUCGACGUCUACGUCUUUCCGUUUGACGUCCAGAACUGCACGCUCAAGUUCGGCUCCUGGACGUACAGCUAUGAUAAGCUGGAUCUGAGCUUCUACGGUGGCAAGGAGUGGAUAGAUCUUACAGAGUACAUCGAGAGUAGUUCUUGGUCUAUCCUGGACGUUCCCGCCUACCGUCACAUCAAGAACGUCCGCAACACGAACGAGUCUAGAGUAGAGCUGUACUACCACAUUGUCUUCCAACGUCGAUCAGCCCUGUACAACUACAUCCUGAUCUUACCGUGUAUCUUGUUGACUACCAUCACACUGGUGCUGUUCUUCAUUCCGCCAGAGUCGCCGGCCAAGAUGCAGUUAGGUCUCGCCAUUUUCAUCGCCUUCUUUGUGCUCCUGCGACUUUUGGAGAAGAAUUUACCGCCUGGGACCUUGCAUAUGCCACUACUAGGUACCUAUUAUUGUUUGAAUAUGAUUUUGAUCACGCUGUCCAGUUUCUUGAACGUUCUGAUCGUUGACUUGACCACCCAUGGACAGAGGACAACAGCCCCUCCCAAAGUUAGCAAGUUUUUCUUCAACUACCUGGCCAAGUGUCUAAUGAUGGAGGAUCUAGUUCGGCCGUUCAUCUCAGCCAAACCCAAAAGUAGAACACCGAAAGACGAUAUUGGAAAGAUCGAGGAGAAAACAUGGAAGCACGAACUAGACGGCUCGAAUGAAGCAAUAGUUUCAUUACAACGAGAUCAAACCAGUCAGUGUGUCGGCCCACUGGCAGAGAUCGAACACAAGCUAGGCGAGCUGCGUGAGUUCAUGAAGCUCCAGAAACAGCGCAUCGAAGACCGCGACAAGAAGGACAACAUCGCCAAGCAGUGGAAGGCGGUAGCGCUCAUCCUGGACAGGAUCUUCUUCUUCCUCUACCUCCUCCUCAUCUUCGCCUCCCUCAGCUACACACUUCCGGUCCUCACCUGGUCCAACACCAGUUACAACUCAUCCCUCGUGCAGAUCGCCAAAACUGCUGUUUAAUUAUUUAUUUUUUUUGGACGAAAUCUUGAAUCGACUGGAGAAAUCUUGAAUCAACUAGAGAAAUCUUAAAUCGACUGGACAAAUAUAGAAUCAACUGGAAAAAUCUUGAAUCAACUGGAGAAAUCUUCAGUCAACUGGAGAAAUUUUGAAUCAACUAAAAAAAAACCUCGAAUCAACUGAAAAAAUCUUGAAUCGCCUAAAGAAAUCUUGAAUCAACUGGAAAAAAUUUGAAUGAACUGAAGAAAUCUUUAAUCAACUGCAGAAAUCUUUAAUCAACUGUAGAAAUCUUUAAUCAACUUGAGAAAUCUUGAAUCUGAUAACGUAAAAAAACAACAACAAUGCAACUUCAACUGGAUGAGAAAAAAGAUAUUGAGCUUCCAGCUAUACAGAAUUAAUACGUUUUUGUAAUUUGGUUCUACUUUAGUAAAAUUUUAAAAAAAAAUGAUAUAAUAUACAUAUACAUUAGGAAUAUUUUUGUCUGGCAUAUUUAUGCAUUCAUCUAAUUCUAAUCAUUAAAGUCGAGUUUUAAUGCAAAUGAUAUUUCGCUUUGAAUAUUCGAGACAUCAGUAUUCAAAAUAAGAUAAUCGUUUUUUAUACGAUUACCUUUCACUUCGAUGAAUUUUUUAUAUUGUUUUAUUUAUUAACUUAAAAGAUUUACGUCUUUCUAGGUAGCUUAGCAAAACAAGUCUGUCGUUAUUGUUACAAUUGACAUUUCCUACAUGAAAUGAUAUGUUUAUUUUUAAUAGACAGGAACUUGUUUAUGUCUUGUUACACCGUGUACAUUUAUUCUAUAUUUACGUGUGUCACGUGGUAUUUAUUAUUGGAAGGCGAGGCGUGGGUUUUCAUGCAUGGCUUAACGCACAGUGAGCACUUUCUCGAAUCACGUGAAUGCAAUGGUAAGCGGUUGGAUAUUUAAGACAUUUCUACUUCAAUAGGGCUGGUAAGUAGGUCACCAACCAGUUCUACGGCUCAAUAAAAACUGCAUGAGCCAUGGAACUGGUUGGUGACCUAUUUACCAGCCCUAUUUGUUCUCAUAAGUGUACAAAAAAACAACAACAUGUAUUUGAAUAGCUGCGUGGAUUUGAAUGCAUACAUUGUUUUGAAAGUUAGUUAUAAGACUAACUUCAAUGACAUUUUAGCGACGUUGAAAAUUAAAUACUCUUGUUAUGCAAUGUUCACAGAUACUAUUUAUUCUAGUAGAUUUAGCACUUUGUCAAUGAUAUUGCAUUAAAUGUCUAGAAUCGAUUUUUGAAGCUUCGUUAACGAUGCUACACGUUUCGAGGUCCGAAACAAAUGAAUGUUUUGUUUUGUUUCUAGACUCGAAACGACUUUUUUUAUAAUUAAAUAUUUUUUUCAUGUUAUAUUGUCCAUAUUUUAGCGUUGCAUCUACGUUCGAACUACUUGUCUCUGCGACUAAAUUACUUGUUACAACUUUAUUAUCAUUAUAGUGAAAUAACAUCCAUGUUUAGCUAAAUUGUAUCCUUGAUCGAACUACGUGUCUCUAGGAUUGAACUUUUUCUUCUUGGUCGAGUCUAUGUACAUUUGUUGUAACUGUAGAGCAGAAGUAAAUAAACCACGACAGAUGUGUGUGAUAAAAUCCGGUGAAAUAUAAAUCCCAAUAACUCUAAUGUGCGAGCGUUGACAUCUUUAUUACACAAGUAUGUUGCACACUCAUGCACAAAUGUGCAGCCUCUGAUAAAGGUGAGCACAAUGGCUGUGUCGUUAGAGGCGUAUUGUGUUCGUAAUGACAAUAACAUAAAAUAAAUAUAGCGCGGUGUAGCCUGAGAAUUGAAAACUUUUUUC